AUGCGGUUCCUAAUUCCGUUCUUAACUGCCGCUCGUGGAUCGGCGCCCCUUAUUAACGCAAUAGCCGCACGUGCGACUCGUGUGCGCCCCAACAUAAACCCUCUCCUCUUCCCCCCGUCCCGCUCUCUCUCCCCCUCUCGCUCCCCCUCUUCCUUCCCUUCCCCCUUCCCUCCCCCCUCCCCCUCCAUUUUCCCCUCCCCUUCCGGCCUUCCUUCCCUUCCCACCCCUCCCAAACCCCCCGUAUCCCUUCACCAGAAAGAGAACGUCCGGCAGGCGCUGCUGCUGCGCGGCACUCGGUCCAGUGCGAUCCUGAACGGUGUAAUGUCAGACGUGCAUCAUCUGAAGCGGUUCAGCGGGGGCUCGCUGAAGCUCUCGCGCGCCAACGAGCACGUGCGGCCCUUCGAGGCGGGUGGCGAGGCGCCUUUAGAGCAGCUGGCGAAGAAAACGGACAGCAGCCUGUUCAUGUUCGCCUCGCAUUCCAAGAAGCGCCCCCAUAAUCUAGUCAUUGGGCGAAUGUACGACUACCACCUGUACGACAUGCUCGAGGUGGGGGUCACGCGCCACGUCAGCAUCCAACAGCUCAAAGGAGGCGGCAAGCUCUCCCCACAGGUGGGCUCCAAGCCGUGCUUUUGCUUCAUUGGAGCUGAAUUCGACAGUGACCCAGCAGCAGUGCAGCUCAAGAGCCUCUUGCUGGACUUCUUCAGAGGAGAGGUGGCAGCAACAGUCGACCUGGCAGGCCUCGACAGAGUCUUUGUGUGCGCCGCUCAAAACGGCAAGGUCCUAUUUCGCCACUGUGCCAUCCGUUUAAAGCGCUCAGGCACUAAGGUGCCUCGCGUGGUGCUGGUGCCCAUCGGGCCGUCCAUUGAUUUUGAGAUCCGACGGACGAGAUUGCCCGGGGAGGAGCUGAGGAAGGAGGCGAUGCGGGCAGUGAAGCUUGGGCAGGAGAAGAAGAUCAAGAACGUGAAGUCGGACAUGAUAAAGGGCAAGGUGGGGCGCAUCUACAUGCCGAAGCAGGAGGUGGGGUCGAUGUCCCUGAUGAAGAUGAAGGGGCUCAAGAGGGAGCGCAGGGAGGCCGCUGCCACCAGGAAGAAGGCCAAGCAGGACGCCCCGGCCAAGGGGGGCGAGGGGAGGGGGGGAGAGGGGAAGGGUGUGGAGGCGGCAGAUGGUGGUGCUGGUGGUGCUCAGGAGUAG